AGGUAAUGUAAGCACUUCAGUUGCCUACGAGAGAGGAAGCAGGCAUGUCGGCUCUUUGUCCACCACCAUCUCCUGCUGUUGCUAAAACAGAGAUCUCCUUGAAUGGCGAGUCACCUUUACUAGCUGCCACUUUUGCUUACUGGGACAAUAUUCUUGGCCCUCGAGUGCGGCAUAUCUGGGCCCCAAAGACUGAACAGGUGCUUCUCAGUGAUGGUGAAAUAACUUUUCUUGCUAACCACACCCUGAAUGGAGAAAUACUUAGGAAUGCAGAAAGCGGUGCCAUAGAUGUGAAAUUCUUCGUGUUGGCAGAAAAGAGGGUAAUCAUCGUGUCGUUAAUCUUUGAUGGAAACUGGAAUGGAGACAGAAGCACAUACGGACUGUCAAUUAUACUUCCACAAAGUGAACUUAGUUUCUACCUGCCACUACACAGAGUGUGCGUGGAUAGGUUAACACAUAUUAUAAGGAAAGGAAGAAUAUGGAUGCAUAAGGAGAGGCAAGAACAUUUCCAGAAGAUUGUCUUGGAAGGCACGGAGAGAAUGGAGGACCAGGGCCAGAGCAUCAUUCCAAUGCUGACAGGAGAAGUCAUUCCUGUAAUGGAACUCCUUUCAUCAAUGAAAUCACACAGUGUUCCAGAAGAAAUAGAUAUAAGUGACACAGUGCUAAACGAUGACGACAUCGGUGAUAGUUGCCAUGAAGGCUUUCUCCUCAAUGCAAUUAGUUCACACCUACAGACCUGUGGUUGUUCUGUAGUUGUUGGAAGCAGUGCAGAAAAAGUUAAUAAGAUUGUGAGAACAUUGUGUCUGUUUCUUACCCCGUCAGAGCGGAAGUGUUCCAGGCUCUGUAGAAAUGAGUCUUCUUUCAAAUACGAGUCAGGACUUUUUGUUCAAGGUUUACUCAAAGAUGCAACAGGAAGCUUUGUGUUGCCCUUCCGCCAAGUAAUGUAUGCCCCGUAUCCUACGACACACAUAGAUGUAGAUGUCAAUACAGUGAAGCAGAUGCCCCCUUGUCAUGAACACAUCUACAACCAGCGUCGAUACAUGAGAUCAGAGCUGACAGCAUUUUGGAGAGCUAAUUCAGAUGAAGAAAUGUCUCAAGAUCGUGUUAUUCACACAGAUGAGAGUUUCACACCUGAUUUAAAUGUCUUUCAAGAUAUCCUGCAUCGAGAUACAUUAGUAAAAGCCUUCCUGGAUCAGAUCUUUCAUCUGAAGCCUGGCUUGUCUCUACGGAGUACUUUCCUUGCACAGUUUCUCCUAGUCCUUCACAGAAAAGCCUUAACUUUAAUAAAAUACAUAGAAGAUGACACGCAAAGAGGAAAAAAACCUUUUAAAUCUCUUCGUAGCUUAAAGACAGAUCUUGACUUGACAGCAGAGGGCGAUCUGAACAUAGUGAUGGCUUUGGCUGAGAAGAUGAAGCCGGGUCUGCACUCCUUCAUCUUCGGGAGGCCCUUCUACACUAGUGUGCAAGAACGUGAUAUGCUCAUGACCUUCUGA